GAAUAAUUCAAUCUGGCAUCCCCGCCGGGUGUAUGAGCAACGCGCGGUCUUCGUACAUAUUAUUUUAACUAUUUUCAUGUGUAAACAAUGUGCAUAUUACAUUAUAAAUGGGUUAAAUAUUAACAAUUUGCAUUUUUCAUUGCCAAUGUCCUAGCUUAGGUGUUUUAUAGUUUUUUUACAUUAAUGUGAAAUUUUCUUGCUUUGUCUUCGUGUGUGACAAUCUACUCAAAAUGGCGCAUCAACUAACACCGUCUGUAAAUUGUUCAUUAGACGACAUUGACCUCAGUGCACUAAAGGAUCCUGCUGGAAUAUUUGAACUGAUAGAAGUGGUAGGAAAUGGAACUUAUGGACAGGUUUAUAAGGGGAGACACACAAAAACAGGACAACUUGCUGCCAUCAAAGUUAUGGAUGUCACACAAGAUGAGGAAGAAGAAAUAAAGCUUGAAAUCAAUGUACUGAAGAAAUAUUCAAACCACCGUAACAUUGCUACAUAUUAUGGUGCUUUUAUAAAGAAAAGUCCUCCGGGAAAAGAUGACCAGCUUUGGUUGGUCAUGGAGUACUGUGGUGCUGGCUCUGUAACAGACUUAGUUAAAUCAACCAAAGGGCAAUCACUUAAAGAAGAGUGGAUUUCAUACAUCUGUAGAGAAAUACUUAGAGGCCUAAGUUACUUGCAUUCAAAAAAAGUCAUUCACCGAGACAUAAAAGGACAAAAUGUUCUCCUGACAGACAAUGCUGAAGUUAAACUAGUGGAUUUUGGUGUAUCAGCCCAGUUGGACCGUACUAUAGGUAGAAGGAACACAUUCAUCGGUACACCGUAUUGGAUGGCGCCAGAAGUUAUCGCUUGUGACGAGAACCCCGAUGCUACUUACGAUAAUCGCUCUGACCUAUGGUCUCUUGGUAUCACUGCUCUUGAAAUGGCAGAGAGUCAACCGCCUCUUUGCGAUCUCCAUCCUAUGAGAGCACUUUUUCUGAUUCCAAGGAAUGCUCCACCUCGCUUAAAGUCAAAGAAAUGGGCUAAAAAAUUUCAUAGCUUUAUUGAGACUGUGUUGGUAAAAGAUUAUCAUCAAAGGCCAUACACUGAACAACUUUUGAAACAUCCUUUUAUAAGAGAUCAACCAACAGAAAGACAAGUAAGAAUACAGCUUAAAGAUCAUAUAGAUAGGUGUAAGAAACGAAAGCAGGACAACUCAGUUCGGGAAGACUACAGGUACUCAGGUUCAGAACCUGAAGAAGAAGAGAACGCUGUCGCGGGCGAACCUUCGUCUAUUGUACACAACGCCGCUGCGCAUCAGUCCAGCGACACUCUACGACGAAACUUUCAACAAAUACAAGAAGGGGCCAGACCAGCUGAAGCAUCUCAGCCUCAACCUCCGCCUAAACGUAACAGCAACCGCGAGGAACGAGAGGAGAUUCCAGAGCCUGGGCCUCCUGCAAGGCCUUCCAUUCCACAAAGACUGAUCGUUGUGCCAGAUCCACAGGUGCAACAGCCUAAUAGAUAUAGGCCGCUGCCUCCAACCCCGAAUUCAUCUGGGUCUUCAAACAGUUCUGGUUCAAACAAUGGUACGCCGCCAGCGAGUGGACCACAACCACCGCAGCGUGGCUCACAUCACAUUUUCAAACCCAUGCCACCAGCACGGCGGCCAGAGGAUUUAGAUAAGCUAGCUGCACAACUCAAUGAACUAGGCGUAGUGUCCGGAAACGAGCCACCAAGUAGGCCUCCACGUGCGCCUACUAAUGGACAAGGGCCACCGGUUGAAAGAAAUCCACCAGAACCGACUUUCGAAGAUUCCGAUAGCGAUUCGGACGCGGAAGAAAGCGGUGGACGAGUUCGGAACGACGGCACGCUGCUCGCCAGUGACCCUCCCAAGCCGCUUCCCGAGUUGUGCUACAGGGGCGGACUGAGCGAGCCGAGCUGCGCGCCGACCCGCCCGCUGCCGCCGACGCCGGACGACGAGGACGCCCGCACCGACGCGCACGCGGACGCGCACGCAGACCGCACGCUCGUCAUGAAACGGAGAGAAAAUGCGGACAUUGAUAAACGACAGUCGGACGUUGACGAAGCGGUCUUGCUCAAAGAUUGGGAUUUCGCUCGAUUUUUCCCCUCGAAGCCUGAAUUAAAAGAAGAGAAAAAGGAACAGCCAAAAAAGAACGAACAAAAUCGAGCCGAAAUUCAAAGACAAUCUCGAAUGGAUUCAGAAGAUCCUUGGACCAAAUACAAAGCGUUCGCGACACCUCCGUCUCGUCACAAACAAUUUCUUCAUAAAUCAAACGAAAAGACCGCUCAGGAAAAAUUAACUGACAUGCUAAAGAAAAAAGAACAAGAAUCAGAACAGAAUUCUCCAAACCGAUUCUUCAGAGGAUUCAGAAGGGAAAAUUCUGAUCUUUUUCCACUACCCAGUACUCGUCAUUCAGCUAUAUACUUUCCUAAACACGAAAGUCCGGUGGGUGCCAACAAACAGAUGAGAUCAAGUGGGAUUUUUAACAAUUCUCGGAAACAGUCUAAACCUAUAUCAGGAGAACCAAUAUUGACGGAUUUCAUAAAAAUGAAUGAUAGCUUAAAAAUGUCUAACCAAGGAGAGGUGCGACGAGGAAAGAACGCCGAAAAGAAGUCAACCAAUAAUCCUAUCGAUGCUCUUAAAACUGUGGCUGCUCUGAUCAGGCAAGACAGCGAAAGUAACGGCCUGAGCCGCCAAAGCAGCGUAAAUAGCGACUCGCCAGCUACCAGCAUCUGCUAUUCGAGCGGAACGUCCUUUGAAAAAACGGGCACACCCGAUUUGAUGGCCAACACAGGCGAUAAUGAACAUACUGAAAAUACACCAAAUGCUACCUCGAGUAUGGUGAAGCCGCGGAGAGAAAAAACCGAAUCAGAUAUAGUUUUUCGAAGAAACUCUCAGUAUAAUCGGCACACUGAAUAUUUAGCGAGUGGGCAGGAAGCGGUACUCGCACAGGAUCAGGGCCGAUCAAGCGGCGGUAACGAGGGCAGCGGCGCCCGCACCAGCUCCGUACUGCCGGACCUGCUCAGUCAAGCCGGACAGCCGACAACACCGCCGCGUCUCGACAAAUCAACCAGCGAGGAGUAUAGGCAAGCCAUAGCUGGUGGCACGCCCCUAUCCCACCACCACCAUCACCCGCCAUCUUCCUCUGUGCAAUCCACGCCUUCCAAAUCUUUCGUAUCGGGUGCGUCAUCGCCGCAUCCUUUACAACAAUCUCCUUCCAAUUCUUCUGUCGGAUCCCAACAACAGUUCCUUCCGUUGCAACAGAAACAGCGUUCGUUCCUAACGUUUGGAUUCGGCGCCGGCUCUACCGGAAGCGGAGGUACAGGCGGCUCCGGUGGGAACGCUUCCCGCCGAGAGAGCCACGUGAACGUCAACGUCACGCCCACAGGACACGACCUCUCUUCCGAUACACCCGAGAUACGAAAAUAUAAGAAGAGAUUUAACUCUGAGAUUCUCUGCGCCGCACUCUGGGGUGUUAAUUUACUUAUUGGAACCGAAAAUGGCUUAAUGCUUCUUGAUCGUUCGGGGCAAGGGAAAGUUUACCAGUUGAUCUCAAGACGCCGCUUCCAGCAGAUGGAAGUGUUAGAAGGACAAAAUAUUCUUGUGACUGUAUCUGGAAAAAAAAAUCGCGUCCGGGUUUAUUAUCUCAGCUGGCUCAAAUCGAAGAUUUUACGUACUGACGGACUUAGUGAUCAAGCAGAGCGAAGAAACGGUUGGAUAAAUGUUGGUGAGCUUCAAGGUGCUGUACAUUUCCGUAUCGUGAAAUAUGAAAGGAUAAAAUUUCUCGUCAUUGCUCUUAAAGAUUCCAUCGAAAUAUAUGCUUGGGCUCCCAAGCCAUAUCACAAGUUUAUGGCCUUCAAAAAUUUUGGUGAACUUCAACACAGACCUCUUUUGGUAGAUUUAACCAUUGAAGAAGGUACAAGACUGAAAGUAAUUUAUGGUUCUGCAGAUGGCUUCCAUGCUGUUGAUUUGGACACUGCCACAGUAUAUGAUAUUUAUAUUCCAAAACAUACACAGGGAUCAAUUAUUCCACAUUGCAUUGUACCUCUUCCAAACUCUAACGGCGUGCAGUUACUUCUGUGUUAUGACAAUGAAGGCGUCUAUGUUAACACUUAUGGACGGGUUAGCAAAAAUAUAGUACUUCAGUGGGGUGAAAUGCCCACAUCGGUGGCCUACAUUGGUACAGGACAAAUCAUGGGCUGGGGAAACAAAGCAAUAGAGAUUCGGUCCGUUGAAAGUGGACAUCUUGACGGCGUUUUUAUGCACAAGAAGGCACAAAGACUCAAAUUUUUAUGUGAACGUAAUGACAAAGUAUUCUUUUCUUCUGCAAAGGGGGGCUCUUCUUGUCAAAUCUAUUUCAUGACUCUAAACAAACCCGGAAUGGCCAACUGGUAGUAAUGAAAUACGACAAACGUCUUUGAUCUGUGAUUUUUUAUGCGCAGCGUCCUGUACGAACAUGCUCGUAUUGUACAAUUAAAAUGCCAGUAGUUUAGUCAAUAUAUCAAAAAUACGUUUUGGCCACGUGAAAUUCAAAGACUUGUGAUAAGUGACAGAUCGAUUGUACAUGCUAAAAAGACAAUUCAUAAAAUAUUAAAUUCAUAUAUUUGAGGACCCCUAUGUUUAGGUAAUUGUGGCAUUUUGUACUGAUAAUUAUUUCACUACAAGCUACUAAGUAACAUGUACUGUAAGCAAUAAUCUUUAGGAUAAAUGUUUUGAUAUUGACAAUUAUUCGUACGUGAGUUAAUGUGCUUAGUUUUAUAUUAUGUUGCAAAUGUUUAUUUCUAAAAGAAAUGUAUUUCAAAUCAAACUAUUAAUUCAUAUAUGCCAUAUUAUAAUUGUUUGUAAUUUUAAGCUAGUUGGGUGUUGAUAACUAUAAUUUGGUAACAUAAAGGUUGUUUUAUAAACUAUAUAAAUGAAACAAAUCUUGUAUGAAGAAAAAUGAGGGAUACUAAUUUGGACAAACAAUUAGAAUAAAUUAUAAAUAUUCGACAAUUUUUAAUACGUAAGUUUCGUACUCUUAAAUUGGUAAGUGAAGUCACAUUGUAUCAUAAUUAUCACACCAAACUGGAUAACAUUUUAUUAAUGGAUGAAACCUAAAAAUUUGGUACUAUUUAUUAUUUAUUUGUUAUGUACUAUAUUAUUUACAUGUAUAAAGAUGUAACUGUGCAUAUUGAAAUGAUAUAUUUGAGGACUUUUUUAUUUGAAGACACUUUAGCCCAAUAAAUACAAAAGUCACUUA